AUGGAUGUUGAAGUCAAGCGACACUUUUUUGUCGGUGAAUAUGAGCUUCCUCUCAGAAUUGAAGUCAGCAGUAGGACCACUCACCAGUUGCUUUCCCACAUUGCCAAAUUUCUUCUUCAGAAAAUAGUUGGUUAUCCUUACGUGUAUCUAAUACACCAGGAUACGGAAAGGAUUGCUGAUAACGCCACAAAAACACUUCAAAACAUAUCAUCAUGUGCUACGCCAACGAACUGUUCAAAAGUGGAUGUUUACGGACCAACGGUGAUGAUAAAUUUAGAAGUUUGGCUGAGUCCCGGAUUUAACAUGGAGAAAUGGACAGCAACUGGCCAAAUAGAAGACUGUGGUCCUCUAGGUCCAAUCGGCAGGUCUGGUUGGUUUGUUGCAGAAUACACAGCAGACUAUUUCUGGGAUAAGAACAAUACAAUAAUUGAUCACUAUAGAGCUUUUAAGGAUCCAGAUAUUGUGGCGAUAUUUGAUCUCUCUGAGGAUGAAGAAAUCAGACGCAUUUUGAAUUGCAGUUUUGAGGAAUGUGACGAAGAGAAAGUCUAUCGUCCGAGUCAAUGCCAAGUGCCUGGUGUUCGAUGUGCAACACUUUUGGCUGAUUAUCCAGCUUCAACAUUCAAUCUUCUACAACAUGAAAUUAUGAACUCCAAACUUUUGGUAAAUGUCGCCUGGAUAAAAGAACAAUUAGAGGAAACCGUUGAAACGCGAACUCUUAACACUCAACAUACACUAUUUUUUCACAGGAAACCAAUGUUGUUGAGCAGCAUUGGUACAUUCGUUCAUGUUUCAUUUCCCAGCUGUGAAGACGAUCCUUCCGUAUGUGAUUUUGAAGUUAGUCAGCUUGAAAAGGUAGUGUGGUCAACCAUAAAAUCUAAUGCACCACAGGCAUUUCACGUUCUGCAAAAAAUGCAGUUCAAACAAGAUGAAUAUUUGGAACUACUUAAGCGAUAUCACAACCUCAAACAACGUGGUCUUGAAAUAGAAGAUGCUGCUUGCGAAUGGGUCAAGGAUAAGAUUGUAAUUUGGGAUCAAUGGAUUCCUGGUGAUGUGAAAAACAAAACAACUUUAUACCUUGGAGGCAUAUUUCCACUUAAAAGCUCGUAUUGGAAACAGAAUGGUGUUCUUACUGCUGCACGUCUGGCUGCCGAUGCUGUAAAUAAUAACAAAACUUUACUGGUCAACUACAACUUGAAAAUUUUAGAGCGGGAUGGUCAUUGCUCAGCUGAUCAAGUGAUGAACAGUUUUAUUCAAUACGUGACGAAUGAUACGUACAGGACCAUGGUUGGUAUUUUAGGACCUGCUUGUUCCGACACUGUUGAGCCAAUUGCUGGUGUCGCUAAACACUUCAAAACACUUAUAAUUAGCUACAGUGCUGAAGGAGCGUUUUUCGACGAUCGGGAUAAAUAUCCGUAUUUCUUUCGUACCAUACCUGAAAAUAACCAAUUUCGCUUUGUGUAUUUGAGUCUUUUCAAAAGACUGGGGUAUCAAAGAAUCGCUGCGUUGACUGAAGAUGGUCAGAAAUAUCCAGAAUACCUAUCCCGUCUUCAAGAGUUGAUGUUGAGUGAAAAUAUGGAGUUCAUUGAUAAUAAAAAGUUUCCUAGAGACAAACUUUCAUCAAUGGAAAAGUAUUUAAAAGAUCUAAAGAACAAAUCAGCAAGAAUAAUCAUUGGAGAUUUCUACGAUUAUGCUGCUCGAUUUGUCAUGUGUGCGGCUUACCACCAGGGGAUGACAGCUGAAAACGGAUUUGUUUGGUUUCUCCCACCUUGGUUUUCAGAAGACUGGUUUAAGAAAGGUACUCUCAAUUCUGAACCUUUCGAAGAGCGUGAAACGGUGAACUGUACUACAGAACAAAUGAUUGAAGCCAUAAAUGGUCAUUUAAGUUUAUCUUACAAAUUUUAUGCUGACAAUGAUACUGUGAUGCAAGAAGGAAAGACAGUCGGGGAGUGGCUAAAUCAAUAUGGAAACUUGACGAAGGAAGAGGGAAAAGACAUGAGCCGCUAUGGUGGUUAUGCAUAUGAUGCUGUUUGGGUCUAUGCCUUGGCUUUAGACUCGCUAUUCAAAGAGUACAACUCCAGUGUAGCAAAUCUUCAUUCUGAAAAAACAGCUACGAGGAUGGUGGAGCUCAUAAAUGAUACCUAUUUCGUUGGCGUCACGGGUCCUGUGCAAUUCGAGGGAUCAGGCAGAGUGGCUGAUGUCCUGGUCUUGCAAUGGCUCAAUCAGACAAGCACUAUUGUUGGCAUAUAUGAUCCAGCUACAGAAACACUAGAAUUGAAUGAGACGAAAAUAGUCUGGCUGACUCCUAAUGGUAAAAAGCCACCAGAUGGAAGCCCCGAUGGUGUUAAGUGCUCAAUUGAAGGAUUCCGAAGAUUGUUCAAUGUUAAUUGCGAAACAGCUGUUGUGAUUGCAAAUAUUGUUGGAGUCGCGUCCUUUGCAGUAGUUUUCCUUGCUUUCGUUUUCUUUUGCAAGCACAGAUAUGAACAAAGAAUAAAACUUACAGAGCUAAGGAUGAAAGAGUUAGGUUUAAUGGCCAAUCCUGGAGUUCUUGCGCUGGACGAGUGGGAAAUGCCACGAGAUCAUAUUGUGAUCAACAGGAAGCUGGGAGAAGGGGCGUUUGGAACGGUCUACGGUGGUGAAGCGUAUCUUGAAGCUGAUGGAUGGAUUGCUGUUGCUGUGAAGACUCUAAAAAGUGAUGCCAAACCUGAAGAAAAGUUAGAUUUUCUGAGUGAAGCAGAAGUCAUGAAGCAGUUCGUUCACAUAAAUAUAGUGAAGCUGGUUGGAGUUUGCACUAUGGGCGAACCCGUAUAUACCGUAAUGGAAUUCAUGCUUUACGGUGAUUUAAAAACAUACUUACUCAGUCGUCGCUACCUAGCAUCACAAGAGGAUAGAAUGUUCAACGAUGAAGUAUCGGAUAAAAGACUGACUAAUAUGGCCUUAGAUAUAGCUAGAGGUCUGAGCUACUUAGCGGAUUUGAAAUUUGUUCAUAGAGAUCUUGCCUGCAGGAACUGCUUGGUAAAUUCCUCGCGAUCUGUCAAAAUUGCGGAUUUUGGAAUGUGUAGAGCGAUGUAUGAUUCAGAUUACUACAGGUACAACAAAAAGGGUAUGCUUCCGAUUCGCUGGAUGGCUCCUGAAAGUCUGAUUGAUGGAUUGUUCACGCCGAUGUCUGACGUAUGGAGCUAUGGUGUAGUUUUAUAUGAAAUCAUCACAUUUGCUAGUUUCCCAUACCAAGGUUUGUCAAAUAAUCAAGUACUGGAGCACAUAAAAGACCAUCACACUCUUCGUGUUCCAAAUGGAGUCAAACCUGAGCUGCAUGACUUGUUGCUACAAUGUUGGGAAAGAAUACCUGAGUCACGCCCGCAAGCAGCUGAAAUUGUUGAAAUACUGGGCACUAAUCCAGAACUCAUAUCGCCAAGUCUUGACGUGCCUAUGGCUAGUGUUCAAAACGAAGACACUGGAGAGGUGGAGUUUAAAAUUCACGAACGUAACAGAAUUCAUUCCCUAUCAUCUGUAUGGCAAGGACGUAGAAGUGGACCACCCAUGGAUCCGAAUCUAUUCGAUAAUACGGACUGCUUGCAGAUAAUAUCUUCAAACGAAAAUGGGAAUAGUUCAAAAGGAGUGAAGUUUUCCGCUAAAAGUUUCCACGAAAGUUUUAAGAAGAGCAAGAAAAAUGUGUAUAGAAAGCGAAGUUCAGAUAUCCCGCUUCAGUCAACUUACUUAUAAACAUUCUACGUAAGUUAAGGACAGAAAUUGUUGUUUGUGUUUAAGAAGUAGUACUUAAGCCUACUUCUUAUUUUGCAUGUAUACAUAUGUCUUUUGGUUUUAUGCUACUGCUUACCAUCUGCUGAUUUUAAAAUUGGUUGUUGUUGUAGUAACUCAUAGAUCUGAUAAAGUUGUGAUGAAUAUAUUUUCGAAAGAGUGACUCAU